GAUUGGCGGUGCCUGUUGUCGGGGGCAGAGGAUGUACCGUCGCGCUGCUCGCCUGGUUUGGGCGGCGGCGACAAGGACGGCAGUAGGCUCUGCCUCGGGUGGCCCCGCCAGCCUGAGAGCCGCUUCAACCACGGAGGUUCAGGCCGCCCGGAGCCGGACCAAACUUAGCACAGACCUGAAUAGCUUUGUCCUUCGGACUCAUACUUGUGGAGAACUUUGUGCUGCUCACAUUGGUCAGGAGGUUAGACUCUGUGGCUGGGUUCAGUAUCAAAGACAGGACCUCUUUAUCAUUCUGAGAGAUUUUGAUGGUUUAACACAAAUUGUUCUACCACAGGAGGAAUCCACUGCACACGUUAAGAAGAUGCUUUGUGAACUUCCUCUUGAAUCUGUAAUUAGUGUCACUGGAACAGUCAUUCCAAGGCCACCAGGACAAGCUAAUCCGGAGAUGUCGACAGGUAAAAUUGAAGUGCGGUUGCAGCAUGCUGAGGUCAUGAACAGAUGCAGAAAGUUACCCUUUGAGACCAAGGAGCUUGCAAAGAAAUCAGAAGCACUACGAAUGCAGCACCGGUACUUGGACCUGAGGAGCCCUCGAAUGCAAUACACCAUGCGACUUCGCUCUCAGAUGGUCAUGAGAAUGCGGGAGUAUCUCUGUAAUUUACAUGGUUUUGUAGAUGUGGAGACACCAACAUUGUUUAAGAAAACUCCAGGAGGAGCAAAGGAAUUUGUGGUACCUUCAAGGGAGCCAGGGAAAUUUUAUAGUCUCCCGCAAAGCCCUCAGCAGUUCAAGCAGUUACUGAUGGUUGGAGGACUGGACAGGUACUUCCAAGUGGCUCGUUGUUAUAGAGAUGAAGGCUCAAAGCCUGACCGACAACCUGAAUUUACCCAGAUAGACAUUGAGAUGUCCUUUGUAGACCAGAUGGGGAUUCAGAAACUGAUUGAAGGACUAAUAGAGUACUCCUGGCCGAAGGAGAAAGGACCCAUCUCUACGCCUUUCUCAUUAAUGACGUAUCAGGAGGCUAUUGACAACUAUGGCGUUGAUAAACCCGAUACUCGAUUUGGAAUGAAGAUUAUUGAUGUCACUGAAAUGUUCAAAAAUACAGAGAUUUCUUUUCUACAUGAUGCACUGUCCCACACUUCUGGUGUUGUGCGGGCAAUCUCAAUCACUGAAGGAGCUAAACUUUUGAAAAAGAAGGAUUUAGAAAACCUUAUGAAACUGGCGAAGGCCCAGAUGAAUCAGGACCUGACAUUUUUUGUGCUGCCAACUGAUGGUGCAUUGAAAUCUCCACUUGCCAAAAUCCUAACGAAUCUGGAGCAAUUACAACUAUGUCAGGCAACAAAUCUCCAUAAAGAUGAUGUGCUGAUACUUGCAGGAGGUGACAAGGCAAAAGUAAGUGCUGCAUUAGGGAAGUUGCGGCUGGAGUGUGCUAACAUACUGGAGUAUAGAGGAAUUGCCCUCCGAGACCGAAAUACAUUUAAUUUCCUGUGGGUUGUCGACUUCCCACUGUUUCUACCAAAGGAAGAGCGAUCUGAAGAGUAUGAAUCGGCCCAUCACCCCUUCACAGCUCCUCACCCAGAUGAUGCCCACCUCAUUUACACAGAGCCUGGUAAGGUGAGGAGUCAACAUUAUGACCUUGUACUAAAUGGCAAUGAAAUAGGAGGAGGUUCCAUUAGAAUACAUAAUAUGGAAUUGCAGCAGUAUGUACUCGAGUCGAUAUUAAAGGAAGACACUGGAUUGUUACAACAUCUGCUGAAGGCAUUAGAUUCUGGAGCACCGCCCCAUGGUGGGAUUGCAUUGGGCUUGGACAGACUGAUAGCUCUUACAGUUGGAGCCUCCAGUAUCAGGGACGUUAUUGCUUUUCCUAAAUCUUUCAGAGGACAUGAUCUAAUGUGUAAUGCACCAGAUUUUAUGAGUGCUGAAGAACUGAGUCCGUAUCAUAUUCAAGUCAACUGGCCCAACAAAAUCCAUGAGGACAGCACCAAUUCAUGAAAGUUAACGUAAUGAUUGGUAAAUGAAACAAAAGCUGCAGAGGCCAAAGUAGAUUUGGACCAUUUCAAUGUUUGUAACCUACAAGUAACACUGAAGGUUGGUAUGUCUGAACUGCUCCCAGCGACAGCACACUUUGAUGCUUACCGCACACUUAUCAAAUCAUGGCAAUUUAAAUCAUUAAAAACAUAUUUUCUAACCAC